CCAUGCGCGAUCAAGAUGGAAAUGCAUUAAAAAACGCACACUUCCUGGGCUUUUUUCGUAGAAUAUGUAAACUUCUCUUCUUCAACAUAAAACCAGUUUUCGUGUUUGAUGGCGGCGCCCCAGAGCUGAAACGUGCGACUUUGACGGAAAGACGUAAAAGACGUGUUGGGACAGCAAAUAACCUGCAAAAGACGGCAGAAAAAAUUUUGGCUGCUCAAAUGAGAAUUCGGGCAAUUCAAAGCGUUGAAAAAUCAAAUAAUGAUCAAGAUGGUUCGAAAAAGAAAGACGUGAUAGAUGACGACGUAACCUAUUAUGAUGAAAUAAAAUUUACUUCUCAACGUCGAAAAAAGGACGAAUACGACUUGCCACCCAUUUCGGGAAAUAUGGA